ACUAGGCCCAAAUCCUCUUCGUUGAAAAAUCAACCAAACCCGGAUCACAUCUUUGGGUUAAUCACUGAUUACGAAUUUCCGAAGCACCCCAAAAGUCAAGAUUCUGAUUUGGGUAUUUAAUCUUGAUAAGGAUUAUCAAGAUAGAGGUUUGGGAGAUAAUUUUAUAUUUUUCGAAUUGGGUUUGUUUUGUUUCCUGCAAGACAUGAAUUUUAGGAACUUAGACGAGUUCUGGGCCUUCUAUGUAAAUCAGCACUCCAAACCAUCCACGAGGCGUUGGCAUUUUGUGGGCACCCUUAUUGGUAUAUUCUUCUUGCUUUGCUCAGUGGUCUUUAGCUGGUGGCUCUUGUUCUUUGUUCCAUUCUUCGGGUAUGGAUUGGCGUGGUACAGUAAUUUCUUCAUCGAAGGGAAUAUCCCGACAACGUUCGGGCAUCCAGUUUGGUCCCUGGUGUGUGAUUUGAAGAUGUUUGGAUUGAUGCUUACUGGGAAAAUGGAUAAGGAGAUCAAGAGGCUUGGAAAGAGGCCUGUGUUGCAGCCUUUUUAAAUUGUUUUUUUGGUUACCCGUUUGCCAAGCUGGUGCCUGUUUGUAAGUGGUGAGCAACAUGCAUUGCAGGAAUAACAUCAGCCACGCCACAGUUCCAAUGUUGUUUAUUUAUAGAUUCCCUUGCUGAUUCCAGCACCGGUUUUAAACUGAACUGUGAAGUGCAUUGGGUUGCUUUGCGUAAGAUCUUUUUAGUCGAAUAAAUUUCAUAAAUAUUUUCUA